AUGGACGGGAGAGCCGCACGAGCUUUCGAAGAGCUUAAAAAAUGUUUGGGCACCUUGCCAACUCUCACCGUACCAGAAGAAGACGAGGUAUUAACGGUAUAUUUAGCUGCAUCGUUCGGAGCCAUUAGCGCGGUAUUAGUUGCCCACCGAACUGGAAAACAAAUCCCCAUCUAUUAUGUAAGCCGAACGUUAAAAGACUACGAAACAAGAUAUUCAAACUUGGAAAAAUUAGCCUUGGCCCUAGUCCAUGCUUCAAGAAGGCUUCGCCGAUACUUUCAGGCCCAUCCAAUUGAGGUACGAACGGACCAGAGAAUCCAACACGUUCUCCGACGACCCGAGGUCUCAGGCCGAAUGGCGAAAUGGGCGAUUGAGUUGGGCGCAUUCAACAUUACCUUCCGAACUAAAGGUCCGUUGAAAGGGCAAGUGAUAGCGGAUUUUUUGGUCGAAAUACCGGAGGAGAAAGGAACUGAAGAAGCAGAUAAAGCUCCAGAAAAGCCAUGGUCUUUGUAUACCGACGGUGCCUCUAGUGCCGAAGGAUCAGGAGCGGGCCUAAUUCUUACCGAUCCAGACGGAACGGAUGUAACGUAUGCGCUCCGGCUAGAAUUCAAAAGUUCCAACAACGAGGCUGAGUAUGAAGCUCUCCUAGCCGGCCUACGCCUAGCACAGAGAGUCGGAGCAAAGAAUGUUAUAGCCCAUGUAGACUCGCUGCUCGUAGCAAAUCAGGUAAAUGGAGAAUACAAGGCGAGGGAAGCAAACAUGAUCGAGUAUCUCGAACAAGUAAGGCAGGCAAUGGCUUUGUUCGAAGCAUGUAGGGUCGAGCAUAUCCCCCGUAGCAAAAACAAAAAAGCGGAUGCGUUGAGCAAAUUGGCAUCGGUAUCAUUCAGUCACCUAGCCAAAGAAGUAAGAGUGGAAGUUUUAGCUGCACCGUCAAUCGCAGCUCCGCAAGUAAUGCAGGUCGAAGCUCCACCACAAACAUGGAUGACGCCGAUAAUUAACUAUUUGGUGCAUGACGUUCUGCCAACCGACAAAGCGGAAGCAAGGAAGAUCCAGAUCAACUCCCUCCAGUAUCAGAUGCAGGAAGGAGGUUUGUACCGAAAGACCUUUCUCGGACCAUUGCUAAAGUGUCUGGAUCCGGAGCAAGCCAGUUACAUCAUACGGGAAAUACACUAUGGCAUCUGUGGUAUCCACGCCGGACCCAAAAUGAUCAUAACAAAGGUAAAAAACGCAGGGUACUACUGGCCCGGGAUGCAUGAAAGCGCCGUUAAAGAGCUCCAGCAAUGUGACGAAUGUCAAAGGCACGCACCUAUCAGCCUCCGAGCUAAAAAUGAAAUGAUACCAGUAACCGCCGCAUGGCCUUUUCAAAAAUGGGGCGUUGAUAUCGUCGGACCUUUUUCGAGAUCAAGCGGAAGCGCACAGUAUCUGUUGGUCGCGGUGGAUUAUUUCACCAAGUGGGUAGAAGCUCGUCCGUUUACAACCAUCUCCGGCUAUAAUGUGACACGAUUCUUCUGGGAGCAAAUAGUGUGCCGAUUCGGUCUUCCGCUCUACAUCAUAAGUGACAAUGCAAAACAGUUUGCAGAAAAUCCCUUCAAGCGAUGGCUAGGUCAGGAGGGAAAAGGUUGGGCGGACGAAUUGCCAAACGUCCUGUGGGCGCACCGAACACUGCACAAGACCAGCAACGGUGAAACACCGUUUAGCUUGACUUACGGUACCGAAGCAGUGAUUCCGGCCGAGAUCGGGCUCCCAAAUCAAAGGUGCAAGAAUUGGGAAGAAAACGAACGUGAACUCCGGUCCAACCUUGACCUGCUGGAAGAACGCCGAAACAUAGCGGCAAUCAAAGAGGCUCGGUAUAAGAAGAAAAUCGAAAAGUAUUACAAUGCUCGGGCUAAAAUCUACAAGUUCAAAGUUGGAGACUAUGUGCUCCGAAACAACGACGCAAGUCGAGCCGAAACCCCCGGCAAACUAACCCCAAAGUGGGAAGGGCCAUACCGAGUCAAGGAAGCCAGUGAGAAGGGCUCGUAUGUACUAGAAAAGCUCGACGGAACCCCAGUGCCUCGAACAUGGAAUGGGGUGCACUUAAAAAAGUGCUUCAUGUAA